AUGGUUGCUCUCAUUCUCGCUGUCGGUGCCGCCAUUUAUUUCACCGCUGAGAAGGUUCGCACCCAUAAAGAAAAGAAGCGCGCCUCGAAAGCUCAAGAAGCUCUACAACACGGCUUAGUGGAACCUGUUUCGAUCAUUGAUGACACCACCCCGGUGGGAAAUCCCCCACCGUACCAUAAAGGGAACCUACCGCCAUACCACUAG